AUGCUCCUGCGGUGUCGUACCCAGCCAAUUCCAGGGCUGCCCACUCACAACUCCAACACCAACUGCGUGGGACGAUAUGACGAAAAAAAGCCAAUUGCAAUCUUUCCUUAUCGCGCCCAUGCGGUUGUCGUCCUGUCUUUUGAUAGGCCAGCAGCAUCCGAUAUCGACAAGACCCCAAGCCCAACCGUGUCUUGCCGGGGAGAUCGGCUGGAAGGCAAGAUCAUCGGUCUUGAUGUGGCGGUGUUGACGGUAGGUAUUUCAGCGCAGCCAAUCUCCACGCCAUUCUAUGUGAAAAAGCUCCAUGCCGUUUUGGUGAUAGUGAGGGAGAUGAAUGUGGGAUGCACAGGCGGGGGAGUGGGCAGCCGGGGGCGACUGGAAGAUCCCAGCACAAGAUCCCCCAAGGGCCAGGCUCCUAGGGAGGCGGGGGCGGGGCCCACCAAGUGUGCCAGGGGCAUCACCACAAAAGUUGGCUCUACCCUGCGUUUCCACUUGGGGAACCUAUGGCUUGUGACUCCGGUUUCGGAACAAGCGUGGCGCUUUGUGCCGUCUUGGGAGUGGUCAUCGGCUGGAAGCUCGGGAAAGUACGUAUCUUCUGGGCUGAGUGUCGUGUUGGAAGAGACCAAGACACGGCAGAUUGAAGCCGACCAAGUGUCCAAUGCGAUUUCUUUUUGCGUGCCUGUAGCGGAUGGCGGUUUCCAAGUCGCAGCUUGCCCUCGACAGUUACAAGUGUCGCCGAAUGUCGAUUCGUCUUGUCCAAGCAUCGGAACUGGCACCUGUUGUAGUGGCCAACGGAGUAACAACUGGAAGGCAGGGCCAGAUGUUAGGAAGGUCGAAAGUGCACAAGAAAGAGAGAAAAAGAAGAGGAUGGAGGAGAGGAAGGGAACGGAGGACGGAAAAGGUGGCCGCGGCGCUCGGGGCAAUUUGAACGACAGAUCCGACUUUCUUUGGUCGGCUGUUGGGUUGCUCCAAGUCAAGAAAAUGGCCGGUGCGGAGCACACACGAGAAGUGGAAGCAGGCCAAGCCGGAGUGCCAGGCCCUGGAGAGGAUUGUACACUACAUGGAGACGGGAAAUGCAACCUCGAGACGAGAGAGGGACCAUGUCCAACAGGCAGCGGGCGGGCCUAG